UCCUUCACCAGAUCAUCGGGUCCAGGCUGCAUGGCUGCUACUGGGGAUGCUGGUUUACAGUACACACUGAAAAGAGACAAGGCCUCAGCAGGAUGUGAAGACAGAGAUGGGACGUCAUCUUAUACUGGAGUCUUUGUUCAAACAGGAGUCUGUAUAACUGAGCUAGCACGGGGAGUGGGGGCACGGUUUUGGGUCGAUUUCAAUGUACAGAGGGUAGAGUGGACGGAAACCGAGGGCAGCGCUUGGGAAUCGAGUCUGGCGAGUACAGAGGCAGGAAUGAGACCUUCCGCAGCUGAAAUAUCCCCGUCUCAACAACACUCCCGGCGAAUAUUGCCGAAACACGUUUUCCUGUCGCGGUGGAGAAGCUGGUUUCUCUAUUUACUUUUGGGAGAGUGGAAUACGAGGCACGGAAAUGGCGUUUCGCUCUGGGGUAGAACCCUCAAUAUGUGCCGCUGUGAUAAUUUCACAUGAUCGAGAGAGGGAGACAAACUGGUUCCAAUCCUUCAUGUAAAGUGAAACUUGGAAUCAGGCCAUGUUCCUUUCCUGUAAUUCUUCUUGUGUCAAUUUCGAACAGAUACUUGAUGAUUAAGGACUGGACCUGACCUUCCAAACUUGGGAAAGGGCGGGGAUGGCGACCAGGAGGCAGCUGGAGUACCUGGCCGAGGAGCUGAAAUGCUGCAUUUGCCUGGAGCUGCUGAACGAGCCGGUGGUGCUGGAGUGCGGCCACGACUUCUGCCGGCCGUGCAUCACCCGGAGCUGGGCCGGGCAGGAGGGCGGUCAAUGGGGCUGCCCGCAGUGUCGAGCCGUCUCCCCGUGCAGGAAGCUGCGGAGCAGCCUGUCGCUGGCCAGUCUGUCCCGGAAAGUGAGGGAGCUACAGCUGCAGCCUGAGUCCCCCCGGGGGGAGGAGGCGGAUACCCUUUGGUGCCCGGACCACCAGCAGGAGGCACUGAAGCUGCUGUGCGAAACCGAUGGUCAGCUCUGCUGCUUGCUGUGCAGGGACUCUGGGAAACACAGGCACCACCGCUUCCUGCUGCUGGGCGAGGCUCAACCUAUUUACAAGGAAAGACUGAAAUUAUCAUUGAACUCAGCUACCAGAAGGAAACUUCGAGUGCUCAGGGCUAAACUGAUGCAGAAACAGGAGAUUUCUAAAGUUAAGGAACAGUCGAGCAGCCUGCAGGCCCACAUCACAUCUGAGUUUGCCAAGAUGCACGAGUUUCUCACCAGGAAAGAGCAAUGUUUACUUGGAGACCUCAGCAGAGAAGAGGAGAGGAUCCUAAAUGCAAUGGAGAAAGCACUCGGUGUAAUCCAACAGGAGCUAGACUGUGCUGAACGAGAGAUAUCAGACCUAGAGGCACGAAUGAACCAAGAAGACACAAUCACAUUUUUGGAGGUGGAAGCAUCUCAGAAGAUUAGCAUCGCAGACAAGAAAUACUCUACGUUGCCAUUUGUUGAUGAGGGCCUAUCUCUCGGUGUAUUCAAAGGUCCUUUACAGUACACAGCUUGGAAAGAGAUGAUAGACUACAUCGACCCAGAUGCUGCCAGGCCUGCUGAGCUUUUCCAACAACUUCUGUUUUUGUUCCUGAUUUACAGCAUCCUUUCGGUUUCUAGGAAAGCUCCUGCUUCGCUGACCUUGGAUCCGAACACGGCUAAUCCCUGGCUCGUCGUGUCCGAGGAGCGGACUGGGGUCAGGCUCGGAGACAGGUGGCAGGACGCCUCCGACAAUCCGGAGAGGUUUGACCAGUGUGUCAGCCUGCUGGCCUCGGAAGGGUUCACGUCAGGCCGACAUUACUGGGAGGUGGAGGUGGGGGAGAAGACAGAGUGGGACCUGGGGGUGGUGGCCGAGUCCGCCAACAGGAAAGGCGAUAUCGCGGCCGCCCCGGAGGACGGAUACUGGAUAAUGUGGCUGAUAAACGGCACCGAUUGCGUGGCCUGUACGUCUUCUCCAACCCACCUGAACGUGCCCAACAAGCCCCGGAGGAUAGGAGUUCUCCUGGACUAUGAUGGGGGGCAAGUGUCCUUUUACAAUGCAGGCGACAUGUCCCACCUCCACACCUUUACCCACACUUUCAUGGAAAAACUGUACCCUUAUUUCAGCCCAGGCCUGGCUGACGGAGGGAAAAACACCGACGAGCUGAGAAUCUGCCCUGUUAGGGGUCUCUCCUCCAUUUGAAUCCAGCCCAUGAGUUUGCAUUACACCUCGAUGAGCUGGAAACAAGAAGGGAAUAAUCCUAGGCGCUAAUUCGUCGAUUUACAGUGAUUUAUUUUUAAUUUUGCAUAAACCUCGUGGGCGUUGAGAAGGAUUUGUAGGCUUAUAUUGCAAACUGGAAAGACUUUAUCUGGAUUUAAUGCAAUCUCCAUUUCAAGCAGUAAUGCCAUUGAAUAAUAAACUGUAAGAACUACACAAAAAUGGACAAAUUCUCUAUUCCAUUAAACCGCAAUAAACAAAUACU